GUGAGGCUGCUGUUGACAGGCGACGUCAUGCUCGGCGAAGGCAUCGACCAGGUGCUGCCCCACCAAUGCGCCCCAGUCCUGUACGAGUCAUGCGUGCGGGACGCCCGCACAUAUGUCAAGCUGGCCGAGGCUGCCAACGGGCCCCUGCCCCGCCAGCGCGGCUUCGACUACCCCUGGGGGGUGGCACUGCGGGACAUGCAGGCCAAGGCGCCGGACGCCCGCAUCAUCAACCUAGAGACGGCGGUGACCACCAGCCCCCAGGCCUGGCCAGACAAGGGCAUCAACUACCGCAUGCACCCCGGCAACGUGCCGGCGCUGACGGCGGCCGGCAUCCACGUGUGCUGCCUGGCCAACAACCACACGCUUGACUGGGGGGUGGAGGGGCUGCUGGAGACGCUCAGCGUGCUGCGCGGCGCAGGCAUGCAGACGCCAGGGGCAGGGAGGGACCUUGAUGAGGCGGAGGCUCCGGCUGUGGUGCCGCUGCCAGCUGCGGCGGCCGCUGCCAGCGGCAGCGGAGACACAGGCGCCUCCGGCAGCAGCACCAGCGGCGGCACCAGCAGCGGCACCAGCAGCGGCAGGCGGCUGCUUGUGUGGGCCAUCGGCCACAGCAGCAGCGGGGUGCCCGCUGCAUGGGCGGCGGCGCGGGGCAGGCCCGGCGUGUUUGCGGCUGACCUGUCGCCAGCUGGCGUGCGCCACCUGGCGGAUCUGGUGCGGCACCACAAGCGGCCUGGCGACAUUGCCCUGGUGUCAGUCCACUGGGGGAGUAACUGGGGCUACAGCCCCGCGCCGGUCCUCCACACGCUGCCCAUCUCAGUCUGCCCUGCCGCGCUGUCUUAUUCCUCCUGCGUUGCAGCGGGGGUGGAUGUGGUGUGCGGCCACUCUUCCCACCACGUCAAGGGCGCCGAGGUGCAUGCCGGCAAGCUGGCCAUCUACGGCUGCGGCGACCUGGUCAGCGACUAUGAAGGGAUCGCGGCGGUGUACCCUCCGGAGCAGUACAGGGACGAUGUGGGGUGCCUGUGGUAUGCUGACGUGGACGCAGGCGACGGCCGCCUGCGCCAGCUCACCGUCACCCCCACCCGCCUCAAG